AUUAACAAGAGUGUUCAGUGAAGUACUAGGCAAGCAGGAAUGGAGAGAAGGUUGCGUUUAGUCCGAGUGCUGGUCGCAGCGUCGCUGCCGAUGCUUGUCCUGUCAAGUGUUGAGGUGAUGAAAGAUGUCACACUUGGGUUCGGGGAGGCCUUGAAGCAUUGCAGGGAACAGUCCCAACUGACAGAAGAGAUGAUGGAAGAGUUUUUCCACUUCUGGCGGGACGACUUCAAGUUCGAGCAGCGUGAGGUGGGCUGCGCCAUCCACUGCAUGAGCCACUACUUCAACUUGCUGGACGACACGCAUCGCAUGCAACACCAGAACACGCAUAAGUUCAUCAAGAGCUUCCCUAAUGGCGAAGUCCUCUCGCAACAAAUGGUGGGCAUCAUCCACACGUGCGAGCAGGCUCACGACAAGGAACCCGACAACUGCUGGAGGAUCCUCCGCAUAGCCGAGUGCUUCAAGAAGGAGUGCCAGGCCCAGGGCAUAGCGCCGACCAUGGAACUGCUUAUGGCUGAGUUUAUCAUGGAGACUGAUGUUUGAGGGACGAA